UUUUUCGAUAAACCCCCCCCAAGCCCAAUUUCGUUCCGAUUUCGUCCCGUGUCUAUUUUUUUGUUCUUUGAGUACGCAGUGUCGUACUUCGAUCACAUUUCAUCAUGCGUCAACUCACUGAAGAGGAGACGAAGACGCUCUUUGAGAAGCUCAGUGCCUACUGUGGGCGGUCCAUCUCGAACCUGAUCACGGCCGGCUCCGAAGACAACGACCGCUAUGUGUUCCGCAUGAUCGGCAGCCGCAUCUACUACGUCCCGCUGUCCCUGGCCAACCUGGCGACCUCCAUUCCUCGCGAUUGCUUGCUGUCGAUGGGUACUGCGAUUGGCAAGCUUACCAAGACUGGAAAGAUGAGACUCCACAUCACUGCCCUGGACGUGAUCUCCCCUCACGCGCGGUUCAAGGUCUGGAUUAAGCCGAACGGUGUCGCCCCGUUCUUGUACGGAGGAAACGUUGUCAAGGCGCACGUCGGAAGAUGGUCCGAUGACUGCCCGGAGCAUGCUGGAGUGGUUGUGCUCGACCAGAACGACACGCCCUUGGGAUUCGGAGUCACGGCUCGGUCCACCGCCGAGGCACGGAAACUCGAGCCCACGGCGAUUGUCGUCUUCCGUCAAGCAGAUUGCGGAGAGUAUCUGAGAGAGGAAGAUACUCUUUUCACGACUUAGAGAAAAGUGUUGCAUACGCGGAAUCGAUCAUGGGGUUAUUUUCAUAGAUACCUUGGGAUUCUCGCAGGAGUUUUGGAGUCGUUUUUCUUUUAUGGGUGUUUUGUCUAGAAAAGUCUUUAUCCUGAUGUCUAGCCUUGUACUAUGUCAGACGCAUGAGGUAAUAUCAUUGGCAUCAUCUGAUCCUGC